GGUUCCGCCCGCUUAACGUUCCGCCCGCGGCUCCGCGCCGCCAGCCCCGCCUCCGCCGGGACGGGAGCGGCUGAGGGCGCCGCGCCGGGGCCCGGGCGGAGGCGCCGCCGGUUCUCUGAGGGCCGGAGGCUCGGGCUGAGGCAGAGCGAGGUCCCGGUGGCUGCAGUCUCGGUGGCUGCGGUCCUGCCGGGCGGCCCAGCCCCGGGGCAGAGCCGGGACCCCGGUGAGCGCGGGGACAGGAGACGGGACCCCGCGGCGGCGGAGAGGCCGGCGGGGAUGAGCUCCUCGGGGCGGCCGGGAGCCGCCGGCGGGGGCGGCACCGCGGGGAACAGGUGAGCCCUCUGCCAAGGGGACGAACGCUCUGUGCUCCCAGGCCAGGGAAACAUGUCCCGUCGGAAACAGACCACUCCUAACAAAGUUCACUGAGCCAUCAGGAGCAGCAAGUAGGACCACAAGAAAAUAAAGGGACUGAAAGAUACAAGAAACAUGUCAUGGUGAUGUCUCCACCUUGGGAUGGAAACUCUUGUCUGUCUUAUGAUGAACGCCGCCAAAUCGUUGGGACUUCUCGGUCUACCUAGCCUGCUGUGUAUCUGGAGGGCCCAGAAAUGCCAUGCAGUGCACUGACGAGGAUAAUCGGAGAGAGCAUCAGCUCCAAGAACUGGGUGAGCCAGCAGAAUGAGGAGUCAGGAUGAGACAUAGCAGACACGUUACUGAGACUUCUUCACAGGGACUGAAAUGGUUGGGAGGAGAGGAAUAAAAGGGAGAGCAGUAACCACUACAGCAGUGUGGACAACCCACAAUAGCGAUGGGGCAGGUGGACUAGAUCCACAGUGGUGGAAAGACUUGCAGAUUUCAGGUCCAGGAAAGGAACGCAGAGAAGACCUACAUGAACAGGGACUUUAAAUUACUGUACAAGGGGGGAAUAAAGUGGCUCAUCUCUGAGAGACCUUUCUGUUUAGGAAGGAAGACAGGGGAAUAAUGCAGUUUCUUUUGAUUUUGUUUUGUGGAUUUGGGGAUGGGGGUUGUUUGUUUGUGUGUUUAUUUUCCAGAACACCCGAGAGUUAUCCUGCAUUCAUACAGUUCGAGAAGGGAAGGGCUCAGGAAAAAAAAAACCUUGCUGGCUACAAGCUGAUACAGCACCAGAUUCUAGUGGUCACACCUUCCCCUGUCACACAGUCCCCCAGGGCUGCCCCCCACCUCCACAGCUGCUCACCUGGCAUCCCACUCAUUUACAAGAUUAUGGAGAGGAGAACUGGAAUGCAAAGCAGAGGCAUUUGUAUGAUCUUUCACUGUCCUGCAUCUCUAGCUGUUUGUAAACCAAAUACAGUGACUUGUUUCGGUGUUGUGGUCAGCUUGCAGCCCUUUUUGUAUUUAAUAAAGAAACUUCUGGAGAAGAGUCUGUGAGUUCAAUAUUGAGCACAACUUCACUGAUAGCAGUGAUCCUAAAGCUGUUGCCUGUCUUAUUCCCUUUCCAAAGAAAUGUCAAUGCAUUCAGAGUGGGGUGGAGGCAGGGGUCUCAGUGUCUUUAUGUGAGCAUGAGUGUACAGAAACAAUAUCAAACAUUACCUAUCAAACAUUAAAGCUCCAAAGUUUCAUCAAAGUAGGACUUAGUCCGUCAGUAGAUGAACAGGACACUCUUCCCCAUGUUCUUUUGGAAAGAAUAUUAGUUUCAUAUUCUGUGUAAGCUGACGAUAGCACAUUUGAAAGUGUCUUCCCCAAUACCGCGAUGUCUUUUAGGUACAGGCUAGUGGAGAAUGCAUAAGGUGUCAUCUGCUAACAGCAUUGGUUUGGUAACAGUUUGCAUUUCUGGCUGUAAGCUGAUAGCGCUCUGCACGGCACUGAAUCAAUGCUAACUUGGUUCUGGGUGUGUUGUACAGAAAGGCCACUGCAGACAUGAUUGCUCUCUUAGUUGUUGUGAUUGACACUGGUGUUACUGAGAGGAGGACUUCUCUCCUCAGUCACCUCAUGUAACAAUCGCAGCUUUUAAAACCCGUUAGACUGUCUGCAUCAUGUGUGGAUCAGAGCAGGGACCCUCCUGCCAUUAGACUUUGGGCUGCUGCUUGGUGGCAACGUGAGCCAUCUGGAAGGCGAAAGAGAAGGGAAGAAAGGAAACACAUAACUGCUUCCAUUAGCAGUUGCAGUGGUGUUUGGGAAUCCUGUUUUGUAACACUGUCACAGGUAGCAUGUCUUCCCACCAUAGUUUUACAUCUGUCCUGUGUUCUUCAGGUUUCCUCAUUUUACCAUACUUUCUCCAUCUUGCAAUGCUUUUUUGGUCUUUCGGCUUUUAUCCUCGUGGCUUGUGGAUAUCUGCUUCCUGGAGAGGCACUGUAAGUCUGUAGUGUCUGCUGUUCAUCCCGGCCCCACUCGGCCCCACUGAUGUGAGGUUGUGGUCCAGGCAUAAAAGCAGCAAUCCAGGUUGUGAAAACCGUUUAGUGCUGGAAUGGCUUCUGAGGGAGGUACGUGUGUGAUGGUAAUCACUGUGUCCCCUGCUGCUUCCAGUGACAAACAGAUUUAGAAUGCCUCUCAGCUCCUCUCUCCUUCCCGCAUGGACUGUGUCUUCUCUACAGAAACCUUCCUCAUAUUUCUGAAACGAUGAUAAAUGCCUUGAAAUGCUUUUGCAAACCUCCAUGGGGAUGUUGGGAACUAAAAGUCUUCUUCCACACUCUCCAUGAAACUUCCGAAGGUCUUUGAAAUCUUCCAUAAAUUACUGUUUUUUAAAGCACUGCCGGAAGUUGAGAGGUAAGCAUCAGAAAGGCAGUGCGAGCGUGGCCAUCGGGCAAAGCUGGCUGAAACAGUUUAGCGUGUGGGAAUGUGCCUGUCCUUGUAACACAACUGGUGCCCUCUCAAUGCAUCAAGAAUUCAGUUGCCUGGCUAUACUGAUGCCAGUUGUAGCCCUAUACUAAAAGGUACAAUUCCAUUUCAAAAACUUUUAUGUGAAAAAUGCACUGCAUUUUUCUUACCAGUUUUGCAUUUAUGCUUUGACUGAUUCUUGAGAACUUGCAACUCAGUUGACAAGUUUAACUCAAAAGUUGCCCGCUGGGAAUUCAGCAACAUGUUAUCUGCUGAGAGAGGCAAAUCAUGACUACACCUGGAAUAAAGCCAUUUGUUUGAUUUAAUAUGAAAAUUAAUGGUUGCCUUUUAUUAUUAUUCUUUGGAACAAAAAGUUCUACUUAGCAGAGAUUGCUGUAAGAAGUUUUCUUUCAGAGAAGCAUAAAUAAUUGCCUUCUUUCAGUGUGUUUGCCAUCUCCCAGUGAGUUGAGGUACUUGCAUCAAAGCAGACUGUAAGCUCUCCUGAGCAAGCAUCUGGGUUUCUGGCUUUAUUCCCUUCAUUGUCUGCAUUGAGUAUAUGAAGUAUCACUGGGAUUUAUUUUAGUCAGAGCCACUCCUGGGCAAGGCAGGGGAGUGAAGUAAGUUAUCCAUCAUGUAAGCUGGAGAACACCAACUCCAAGCACAAACACCUUCUUGGUGGGCAGCUUGUCCUCAAUCCUCCCAGGACAGAAGGUGGUGACACAGCAUGCCAAGGACAAGCCCCGGGUUCAUUGUGGGGCAGAUGAGGUGCCAGGCACUCAGGGAGAUGCUAUUAUUGUGCAAGUUGCCUAUUAUAGCAAGAAACAGGAGUUAAGGAUUUAGAAGAGCUGUAGAGCAGUGUGCUUGAUUUGGGAUGCUGUCAUACUCCUCGAGUGGCUUCCCCUCCACCUAGAGCUGUGCUACGGCUCUUUUGGCAGGUAGCUUGGUACCAGAGAAAGCCACCUGGCUACAUACAGCAGAUAUCUCACUUUCUUUUUUUGUGGCCGGAGUAGUAUUUGAAGUGUAUGGAGUGAGCAGCCCGAGGUCAGAUGUUUCCCCUAGUGAGACUGUUCUAGCCACAGGGCCUGGACUCGCAUCGGCAGGCACAAGAGGCUGGUGUUGCAGGGCAGGCAAGCAGAGAGGUUACUUAAAUGCUUUCUGAGAGGUGACUUCAGAGGUUCUGCCCAGUGCAGGUGAGCAGCCCCACACCCGUCGGGUUUUUGGCAAACCUUGGUGGUGAAAGCAAUGGAAUGGCACCAGUCUGACUCUUUGUCCUUGUGGCUGCUAGGGAAGCAAGUCUUUGCAGGGCUGGAGGAGCAAGCCCGCCAAGCCAUGAUGAAAAACAACUUUCCUGGAGCUCUUGGGGACCAAAGGCCAGCCAUUCAUCCGCUGCAAGACCCCGACUCCAGCAGCAGUGGCAGUGAUGACGAGGAAACCACCCAGGAUGAAGUUUCUUCUCAUACGUCUGAGGAGGAUGGCUCAAUGGUGAAAGUGAAGAAAGAAUUAGAGAAUGCAGAACAACCUGUGGCUGGAACUCCACUGAUGAGAGACAAUGAGGUGCCCGAGACUUUGAAUACGAAUCCUAUGCUGGGACUGUCACAGUGCCCCCUCUGCCAGCUGGAGUGUGGCAGCAGAGAGCAGCUCAUUGCUCAUGUAUACCAGCACACUGCAGCUGUGGUGAGCGCCAAGAGCUACAUGUGUCCUGUGUGUGGCAGAGCCCUCAGCUCUCCAGGAUCCCUUGGACGACAUCUCCUGAUCCACUCAGAGGACCAGCUGUCAAACUGUGCGGUGUGUGGAGCACGCUUCACCAGCCACGCCACAUUCAACAGUGAGAAGCUACCAGAGGUGCUCAGUGCGGAUCGUCUGCCGGCACCGCAGAGCGAGGGCUCCUCCAGCGUUGAAAGGAAAGACAUUGCCUUUCACCCUCCCGUGUAUCCUGCAGGCAUCCUCCUUGUGUGCAACAACUGUGCUGCCUACCGCAAGCUGCUGGAGGCCCAGACACCCGGCAUGCGAAAGUGGGCCCUUCGUCGGCAGAAUGAGCCCUUGGAAGUGCGGCUGCAGCGUCUGGAGCGGGAGCGCACGGCCAAGAAGAGCCGGCGGGACAAUGAGACACCUGAAGAGCGGGAAGUGAGGCGCAUGCGGGAUCGAGAAGCUAAGCGCCUGCAGCGCAUGCAAGAAACAGAUGAACAGCGGGCACGGCGGCUGCAGAGAGACCGGGAAGCCAUGCGCCUGAAACGGGCAAACGAGACCCCAGAGAAACGACAGGCACGGCUCAUUCGGGAGCGCGAGGCCAAGAGGCUCAAGCGGCGCCUGGAGAAAAUGGACAUGAUGCUCCGGGCACAGUUUGGCCAGGACCCCUCUGCCAUGGCAGCUUUGGCAGCUGAAAUGAACUUUUUCCAGCUGCCAGUGAACAAUGUGGAGCUGGAAAGCCAGCUGCUGGGCAAAAUGACCUUUGAGGAGCAGAGCAACAGUGCGCUGCAUUAAGCUACAGCCAAGAAUUGUGCCGCCUUUGCUGUGCUAGCAGGCUUCCACACUCGGGAGGCUGCUGUGGGUCCCUGGCUGACUCUCCCUGACAGAUGGUUCUGGUUUUCUCCUCAACACAGGAGAAUGGAGCUGAGAGAUGUCUGCCAAAGUAGCCUGGUGGGAGCAGACUCUGAGGACACAGUCUGCUCUGGGGGCCAAGUCAGAGCCUGUGAACAGAGGGAAAAUAAAUUAAUGCUCACAUUUAUUUAGUCCCCUUCUUUACCUUUUAUGCUUCGUCCUGUUCUUGGACCCUUGCCCCAUAGACGGGUUUGGGCUGCUGCAGUUCUGCUGUAGGUGAAAGCCUACCUCACUAAAAAGGGAUCUUGUUUACUGCAGCUUGAAUUAUGGAGCUGAGGAUUUUGACAGUCCACAACUCCUCCAGGAGCAGAUCCCUCACAGUUUGUGCCCAUAAAAAGGAAGCAAAGGAGGAUGUCAUCUCCGUGGAAAUGGCUGUGCACACCCUUUCUCUUAACACUAUGUGCUAAAUUGCAGUAGCAUCCAUGGAAAAGCUAAGAUGAAACAGAGUUCCUGUUUCAAGUUACCCCAUAUAAACACCAUCAGAAAGGCUGACUGAGGUAAGCAAACCGCAAAUAAGUUUGCUGGUUUACUCACAAGUUCAUUUUCACUUAAACAGCAUUUCAGGUUUACAAGUGAAAGAGUUGAUUGAAUGGUAAACAGUUAGGGUAGGUCAGCUUUCUAGUGCCAUGUGGAUUUGACUUCCCCUGUAUUCAGCACUGGUGAGGCCACACCUGGAGUCUGUGUCCAGUUCUGGUCUCCCCAGUGCUUUAGAGGCACAGACAUACUGGCGAGAGCCUAGCAAAGGCCCACUCAGAUAGCAGAGGAACUAAAGCAUCUCUCCUAUGAGGAAAGGUUUGGAGAGCUGGGACUGUUCAGCCUAUGGAAGAGAAGGCUUGAGGAUCUUAUCUAUGUUUAUAAAUAUCCGAGUGUAAAGAAGAUGGAGCCAAGCUGUUUUCAGUGAUGGGACAAGAGGCAAUGGCACAAAUGGAAGCUCAGGAGGUUCCCUUUGAACAUCAGAAAACACUUUUUCACUGUGAGGUGAUGGAGCACUGGCAGAGGUUGCCCAGGGAGGCUGUGGAGUCUCCCACCUCCACAGUAUUCAAAAGACAGGGCUCCAGGCAGCUGUAGGUGGCCCUGCUUGAGCAGAAACAGGGCAGAACAGAUGAGCUCUGGUGGUCCCUUCCCACUUCAACCGUUCUCUGAUUUGGUACUAAACUGAGGUUGUUCAACUAUUUUAAUACAGUCAAAGCAACAGUGCUCUUCUGGGACCAUGGAUCACAGUGAAGUUAUUCAUUCUCACAGUAAAUUCCUCUGUGACCAACAGUGACUCUCAGUGAGCACUACAGAUAACGCUGUGGGGCGAAGGGGGCACCGUUAGUAAACAGAACCACUCGGGUGGAAGAAAGUUGCUUUUGCUUCCACACUAGGCAGCAAAACCAAUGAAAGGAACAUGGAAAUAAGGGGUGAGCUGGGGAGGAGCCACGGAAAGCUACAGUAACAGAGUCUGGAAAAAACUGCCAGAGGGCAGGGAAUUUAAGCCUUCUUAAGAUUAUUCAAGAGGUAGCCAAGGUGAAACGUGAUCAUAGUCUCUACCUACAUGAAAAGGCUCCCAUUGCGCAUAGAAAUCAUUAUGAAACGAUGCAACUAUGGGAAUUAAAUCUAGGCAUGUUUGAACUGGAAAAGGCAAAGUCUCAGCACAGAAGGACUCAUGGGGGGCAAAGGGGUGGUACAUUCUCCAUUAUUUCUUUAAAAACAAGCAUCUAAAGAUGCAUGCUGUAGCUUUGUGCUUUCCACACAACAGUCCACCAAACACUGGUGUGCCACACACAUCUGUUUUGUAGCCUGAAGAUCCCUGCUGCUUUCAUAGCUUUUCCACUUAAGGCCUGCAGUACAGGUACGUGGUGGUCUAAAUACAUCGAAAGCUUCUGCCUUCUCUUUGGUUGCUGUUUCUCUGCAUUAAGGCAGAAAUAAUAACCACAAGACUCCUCCUUGAGAUAAGAAGAGUAAAGUUAAAAGCAGCAGCAAACCCUUUUGGCCAGACUACUUAGAAACCUGAUUUCAUCCUCUUUUUUUUUCCAUUGCAAAAAGCUUUUCAUUGAAGUCUCUGAAAGCCCUAGUUAACACUUAUAAUAGUUGCCUUCAAAGUGCACAAUGCUAUGUGUUUUUCAUGAUAACCGUCAGUUUUGGGGAGGCUUGCUACAAAAACCAUUCCAUCUUCUCAAUACUACAAUUUCCUCCACACACCACUGUAGCAUCUCGUUUCCUCACCUUACAGAAGCUGGUUUAACAUCUUAUUCAUCACACGGAACUGACAUCCAGAAGCCAUGCUUGCCUCUCUCGCUUUGGGAACAGAUACUAGAAAGGGUCUAUUCAGUUCCACGGUACCUUGUUUGUAUCCUCCUUUGCUCUCCGAACAGAUCUCUCAUUUUUACUUCUGUUGAUUUUCACCCUCAAACCGACAGUUUGCUUCUCACAAUAUUUGCUGUUGCUCUAUCUUGUCUGCUUUGCUGGGCCAGCAGAGAUGCAGCUCCACUCUGCAAACUGCAGCUCAAGCUUCUCCUGCGGCACCACUGGCAUUAGCCCAAGGGGUUUAAGAAAGAGAGCACAUAAAAGCAAAAGUAUCUGAACACAGGAUUAUGCGUUACAAUCCAUCUGUGAGACAGCCUUUACCUUGCCCUUGUCACAAGUCUCCAGAUCACUGUGUGAGACCAGAGAAGCCACAUCCUAAUGAUGCUACAGACGAGCAAAAAGUCUCAAACACCAAAGGAAAAGCUAUUGGUUUAUAUAUAGAUAUAUAUAUAUAGAUAUAUACUGUGUUUACAGAGUCAACAAGUUAAAUGCAAUAUUCAUAAGAGCAUUAACAAUAAAAAUACAAUCUGUGUGUAGCCAAGUACAGACUUAAAAUGGUAAAACAGGAAAAAGGAUCUCACCAAAAGUACAAAUAUACAGUACAAAUUGAUUUAUUUAAAACAGUUACAAAAAAAGCACAACAAAAUAGAGAUUAUCCUUAGAAUUAUUAAUGCUUUGUUAAAGAUCAGGUAGAGGGAAAGGGGCAGGAACAAGGUUGGAGGGGAGCACCUGACUAGUUCUAAGGCUUUAGAUACAAUGCGAUCGGUUACAUGUUAAUACA